GCAUUCCACCCCUCUUCCAUUCCUCAACGUUCUUCCUACCACCACCACCUUUUUUAAUCUCGAUCUCUGCAACGACAAUACAUUUCAAUCGACCUACUUACGAAAAAUUUGUGACUGUCUCUCAAGAUUCAAAUGUCAGAAGACAAACAAGCCAUGUCGAAAGCGACAAAAGACCUUCUGGCGAAAGUCAAGAAGAUCGUGCCACCAAUGUUGAGUAAAUUUCACAAAGGACAAAUGGGCAGGAUAGCUGUUAUUGGGGGCAGUGAGGACUACACCGGCGCGCCAUAUUUCUCUGCUAUGGCUAGUGCAAGACUCGGCGCAGACAUGAGCCAUGUGAUCUGCGAGCCUGGCGCCGCACAAGUGAUCAAGACCUACUCUCCGAAUCUCAUGGUCCACCCGCUGAUGCGACAAUCCUCGCAUGCGAAGAUGACGGAAUCGGCGAGCUCGAUCGCUCAGAGCGUUAUUGAUAUGUUACCGAGAUUACAUGUGAUAGUGGUGGGACCGGGAUUGGGACGAGAUAAGUUGAUGCAGGAAACUUGCGCGAAGGUUCUUCAGGCGGCGAGGGAGAGGAACAUGCCAUUUGUCCUAGAUGCGGAUGGGCUGCAGCUGGUGCAGACGAGACCGGAACUGGUGCAAGGGUAUAAGGAGUGUAUAUUGACACCGAAUGUUGUAGAGUUUGGGAGACUUUGUAAGAGCAAGGGCAUAAAUGUUGAAGGAUUGGAUGGGUCGGAAGGGGCGGAAAAGCUGGCGAGGGCGUUUGGAGGGGUCACAGUUAUGCAGAAAGGGGCGCAGGAUUAUAUUUCUAAUGGGGAGAAGACGUAUGUAAGUGAUAUUGAAGGAGGACUGAAGAGGAGUGGUGGACAAGGUGAUACGUUGACUGGGAGCCUGGCAACGUUCUUGGGGUGGAGGAAGGCGUAUUUGGACAGAUUAUGGGACCACGAGGGAGACAUUGAUGACAUUGAAUCAUUAGCAUUGGCGGCGUUCGGAGGCAGUAGUAUCACAAGAGAAUGCUCGAGGCUAGCCUUCGCCAAAAAGGGUAGAAGUCUACAAGCCAGUGAUCUUACUGAAGAAGUAUACGCCGCAUUUACAAAUCUUCUCGAUUCCGAUGACUCAGCUGCCAAGUUAUAGAUGAAGAAAAUAUAUAAGAUUAAUAUAGUAUAUUUAACCAACCA